GAUUGGGGCGGAGCCUGACCGUCACGCGCAGCCCCGCCCCCACGGCCUCGUCGCUCCUGCUGAGGCGGUAGCCGCUCCUCGUCGGUUCUUACCGGUUGGCUGGGCCAGCUGCGCCGCGGCUCACAGCUGACGAUGGGGGACCCCAGCAAGCAGGACAUCUUGACCAUCUUCAAGCGCCUCCGCUCGGUGCCCACUAACAAGGUGUGUUUUGAUUGUGGUGCCAAAAAUCCCAGCUGGGCAAGCGUAACCUAUGGAGUGUUCCUUUGCAUUGAUUGCUCAGGGUCCCACCGGUCACUUGGUGUUCACUUGAGUUUUAUUCGAUCUACAGAGUUGGAUUCUAACUGGUCAUGGUUUCAGUUGCGAUGCAUGCAAGUCGGAGGAAACGCUAGUGCAUCUUCCUUUUUUCAUCAACAUGGGUGUUCCACCAAUGACACCAAUGCCAAGUACAACAGUCGUGCUGCUCAGCUGUAUAGGGAGAAAAUCAAAUCGCUCGCCUCUCAAGCAACACGGAAGCAUGGCACUGAUCUGUGGCUUGAUAGUUGUGUGGUUCCACCUUUGUCCCCUCCACCAAAGGAGGAAGAUUUUUUUGCCUCUCACGUUUCUCCUGAGGUGAGUGACACAGCGUGGGCAUCAGCAAUAGCGGAACCAUCUUCUUUAACAUCAAGGCCUGUGGAAACCACUUUGGGAAAUAAUGAAGGUGGACAAGAGCAAGGACCAAGUGUGGAAGGUCUUAAUGUACCAACAAAGGCUACUUUAGAGGUAUCCUCUAUCAUAAAAAAGAAACCAAAUCAAGCUAAAAAAGGCCUUGGGGCCAAAAAAGGAAGUUUGGGAGCUCAGAAAGUGGCAAACACAUGCUUUAAUGAAAUUGAAAAACAAGCUCAAGCUGCGGAUAAAAUGAAGGAGCAGGAAGACCUGGCCAAGGCGGUACCUAAAGAAGAAUCAAUUGUUUCAUCAUUACGAUUAGCCUAUAAGGAUCUUGAAAUUCAAAUGAAGAAAGACGAAAAGAUGAACAUUAGUGGCAAAAAAAAUGUUGACUCAGACAGACUUGGCAUGGGAUUUGGAAAUUGCAGAAGUGGUAUUUCACAUUCAGUGACUUCAGAUAUGCAGACCAUAGAGCAGGAAUCACCCAUCAUGGCAAAACCAAGAAAAAAGUAUAAUGAUGACAGUGACGAUUCAUAUUUUACUUCGAGCUCAAGGUACUUUGACGAGCCAGUGGAGUUAAGGAGCAGUUCGUUCUCUAGCUGGGAUGACAGUUCAGAUUCCUAUUGGAAAAAAGAGACCAGCAAAGAUACUGAAACAGUUCUGAAAACCACAGGCUAUUCAGACAGACCUACUGCUCGCCGCAAGCCAGAUUAUGAGCCAGUUGAAAAUACAGAUGAGGCCCAGAAGAAGUUUGGCAAUGUCAAGGCCAUUUCAUCAGAUAUGUAUUUUGGAAGACAAGCCCAGGCUGAUUAUGAGACCAGGGCCCGCCUAGAGAGGCUGUCGGCAAGUUCCUCCAUAAGCUCGGCUGAUCUGUUCGAGGAGCAGAGGAAGCAGCCAGCAGGGAACUACAGCCUGUCCAGCGUGCUGCCCAACGCCCCCGACAUGGCGCAGUUCAAGCAGGGAGUGAGGUCCGUUGCUGGAAAACUCUCCGUCUUUGCUAAUGGAGUCGUGACUUCAAUUCAGGAUCGCUACGGUUCUUAAUACUGAAGUCAUGAUGUGUAUUUCCUGGAGAAAUUCCUCUUUAAAUGAACAAGUAACCACAUCUCAGGCGGCAGUGAAGACCAGAUAGUUUUGCAGAUUGUUUUGCUACUUUUUCAUAUGGUAUAUGUUUCUGAUUUUUAAUAUUUCUUUUGAGAAAUUCUGAGUUCUGAUGUAGAAGCUUUCCUGUGAUUGCUUUUUCUCGUUCCUUCCUGUCACACCCUCCUUUUGGCGUCUCUGUGUAUAUCCUUGCUUUAUUUUCUUGGAACUUUUGGUUUCAACACUGAGGGCCUGGAGACCUCGGCUCCUCCUGCUCCUGAACCAGGAGGCUUCAUGUGGGGGAGGAGGAGAGGUCUCCAUGUGACACAUGGGCUCAGGGCUGCCAGAAUCAGCGGAUGCUGGAUGGGCCUGCAGAAACAAUACUCAUCACACACUUCCUUCAAAAGACCAAAAGUGACUGGUGUCUCAUGUGACAGAUUGCUUCAUUAUGUUUCUACAUAGUAAGGGGACUGCCAAAUAAUAUUUGAAGUCAUCUGUCUCUUUGUAAAUUAUUUUAUAUGACCUAUAAAUUUAAAAAUAUUUUUCAGUGAGUGCUUUUAACAAACUUAAGCUUCUGCCCUUCCAAGGGAAUUAAUGUUAUUUUGUGAAAGGUGUUGCUGUUUGAAUUGAUGAGAAAUGGAAAAUGAGAACUCCUUAAGAGUUCUCAUAAUAAAUCAUCUCAUCACAAAUCAAUACGGUAUACAGAGUUAAAGUGGAAUGAGGUAAGAAGAUACAGCUACAGAAAAUAGUUCCGUGUAUGGGAGAACAGUCAUUGUAAUUGGGUAGUUUUGUUAAUAUUUUUAAAUCUUGCUUUUCAGAAAUUACCGAAUGUGUAUAAACAAAUAAAGAAAAAUAAUUUAGCUGUGUUUUAGACAGCAUUAGAAUAUAUUGUUCAGCACAGUAAAAUAUAUUUGAAAUUUGAUAAGCCAAAAAUGUGGUUUUGAAUGAAUAUUUUGUGAAUCUUUCUUAAAAGCUCAAAUUUGUAGACUUCUAAACAGAAUAAACACUUGGAGCAGA